AUGACAGACACCCUUACAAUCACAGUCGAGUUCACCGGCGGCCUCGAAAUGCUCUUCGACAACAUCAACAAACACGAACUAACACUUUCCCGCACCGCCGAUAACGGAAACCCGCUGACGGUGGGCUACCUGGUCAAAUACAUCUGCGAGCAGCUGAUGAAAGAUUCUCGUAAGGAACUCUUCGUACUGGAUGGUGCAGUACGACCUGGCAUUCUCGUCCUGAUCAACGACUCGGAUUGGGAGCUCGAGGGCGAGGAUAAAUAUGAACUUCAGAAUCGGGAUAACAUCCUAUUCGUGUCUACUCUGCACGGUGGCUGA